AUUUUAAUUUGCCGGCGCCUCCUUCCUAAUCUGUUCUACAUUCUGCAUUGAAUUAGGGCACGCGCUCGACUUUCUGGCCGGAGUGCUAUCGUCUAUUCACUGACGAUUUCUCUCUUCAUAUCUCCUUCAGUUUGUAAUAUUCACUUGCUAUAAAGGGUAGAUAGGGUUGUAUGAUGGCUCUUCGUUUCGAGGUUCUUGGGAGGUUCAAUCGUGCUCGUGCAGCUCGGUUGAUACUCCCUCACUUCACCUGCCACACGCCUCUUUUUAUGCCAGUGGGAACACAAGGGACAAUAAAAGGUUUGACAACCCCUCAACUGGAGGAGAUUGGGUGCCAAAUUAUACUUGGAAAUACAUAUCAUCUUGCACUUCGUCCAACUUCUGAGCUAAUUGAUGAAUUUGGGGGCCUUCACAAUUUUAUGAACUGGCCCAGGGCACUUCUCACUGAUUCUGGUGGUUUUCAGAUGGUCUCACUGUUGCAUUUAGCUGACAUCACCGAGGAAGGUGUCACAUUUCAGUCACCAGUUGAUGGAAAGCCUAUGCUCCUAACCCCUGAAGAAUCGAUCCAAAUCCAAAACAGAAUUGGAGCAGACAUUAUUAUGGCUCUUGAUGAUGUAGUGAAAACCACCAUUACAGGUCCGAGGAUUGAAGAAGCCAUGCAUCGAACUUUGCGUUGGAUAGACAGGUGCAUAGCAGCUCAUAAGAGACCAAAUGAACAGAAUUUAUUUGGAAUUGUACAGGGUGGUUUAGAUCCUGUUUUAAGGGAUAUAUGUGUCCAAGGUUUGGUGGAAAGGAAUUUGCCUGGCUAUGCUAUUGGUGGACUUGCAGGAGGUGAAGAUAAAGAUUCAUUUUGGCGUGUUGUUGCACAAUGCACAGCUUCACUUCCUGAAAGCAAACCCCGAUAUGUUAUGGGUGUUGGGUAUCCACUUGAUAUUGUAGUUUGCAGUGCUUUGGGUGCUGACAUGUAUGACUGUGUAUAUCCUACACGUACAGCUCGAUUUGGCACUGCCCUUGUCCCUGAGGGGGUCUUAAAACUAAAACACCAGUCAAUGGCUGAGGAUACCCGACCGAUUGACUCAACAUGCGAGUGUAUGGUUUGCAAAAAAUACACAAGGGCCUACCUUCAUUGUCUUGUUACAAAAGAUGCCAUGGGUUCUCAGCUUCUCUCUUAUCAUAAUUUACACUACAUGCUGCAGCUUAGUAGAAAUCUUCAUUCGUCAAUUAUAGAAGGAACAUUUCCAGAAUUCGUAUGCAACUUCUUGAGGAAAAUGUUUCCAAAAGGUGAUGUUCCAGAAUGGGUCUGCAAUGCAAUGGAGGUUGCAGGAAUAGACAUCUCAUCAUGUUCCACUUCCACUUCCACCCCAGUUAACUCAAACAAAGAUUAACAACAUACAUACUUCAUACUUCAUACUUGAUAUUUCAACCAAAGAAUCAAACUACAUACCUAUUUCUUGACCUUGAGGUCCAAAAUGUUAUAUAAGUCA